AUGAGUCCAACUCAAGAUCAGAUUUGUUUGGCUAAAAUUAUUUGGCAAGCGACAAGAGAAAAAUUGAAAGCUGAAGAAAAUGUAGCCAUUCUUAAGCAACGUAUCUAUACGAAACGAUUACCUGCAUCAUUUGCUCUACUCGAUCAUUCCAUUGAUAAUAUGGAACAGAUAUUAAAGCAACCCAUAUUCAAUGAAGAUAAACGUGCAGAAUUAUCCUAUCUUCGAUCGAAAACAAUUGCUCAAUUCAAAUCCGAUAUGAUACUAUUAGAGAUUACUACUGCUGAAGAGGCAGUUCGAAGUCAUACAAAUAUUAUUGCUGAACAAAAGAAGAAGUUCAUUGAUACUGCUAAUGGACAAGUACCACUGCCAAAAUCGUUGAUUCAAUUAAAUAAUAACAUUACAGCACGACAAACCAAUUUAACACAACGUCAGCAAAUUAUUCUUAAACAGAAAUUAUCGGUUUUCGACCGCGCUCCGAUGGUAAUGAACGUGGCUGGUACCAUCGGAGCAAUGUAA